AUGUUUGUGAAUCUGGAUGGCGAUCCCACGAGGCCUACUCUUGAGUUUACCAGAUACCCCAAGGAGGUCGUCGUAGAUAGCCCGCCUUUGAAUGCUAACUCGUCACAGCCAUCUUCAAUGCAGGAAGAAGACGGUUAUGUUCUGGCCUCGAUGACGAGAGAAAAGGAAGGCUUGGAAUAUGGACUAGAGAUUCAAAGAUUUGAUGCGGGUUCGGACCCAAACCCACAGAAGUUCUGGUUGACGGCCAGAGAGGCUGAUGGGGUCUACGGCAUUCGUUCGCUUGCUGGCAGCGAAGAAACGCGAUUCGAUGAGAUUGUUCAGAAAUUAUCGCAAAGGCGAUACACUCCUUUCUCUGUUUCAAUAUCGCCUGGCACCCCGGAUCCUUCAUCUUCAGCCAAGACACCAGACUCGAGGACAGCACUGUCAAUAGAACAUCUCUCAAAAGAGAAGGAACUUUUUGACAGAAACAUUGACUCACAAGACGAAGAAUCGUUACCAGAAGAGUGGGAGGCAAAUCGCAAUGCAGAGGGCGAGGAAUUUGCUCGACAACUUGCCAAGGCUGAGGCAAGAUUGGCAGUCUGGAGUGGUAGCCGCAUCUGGUGGGCUAUUCGCAAUCCUUUACUUAUACAACUUGAUGCCGCCUUGGAAGCAGCUUGCGUUGGAGAUGUUUUUAGCCCCGCCGAGCUGGACAGGCAGGCAAUAUUCACCACUAUCAACUCCGUCAGGGGCCGAGAACCCCAAAGCGAGUUGGAAUUUAUGACUUAUGGAUAUUUACGGCAGAAAGCUGGCAUCUUGCUUUUGACGAACUUGCUGAAGUCUCCUGAAGAUAAGCAGUUUACGGAAAAAGACGUAAAAGCUCUUGAAGAAGUGCUAAUCGAGAGUGGUCUUGACCCCAGAGUGGUCCUUUCCCUGAUUCCUAGCGUUCGAAACGAGAUAAUAGAAGGCUCACGUGGGAUCUGGAUAUAUGGCGGCGUCAGAAGAACCGCCGAUGCUUACCUCAGAAGCAGGGAGUUCCAGAUGACAUCUAAGGACAGUAUUGGGACACUGGAGCCGAGGACGAUGCACUUUCUUCGGAGAUUUCUUGGAACAUGGCGCAAGAAGAAAGGGUUCGGCAGUGUGGCCGACGAGAGAGAAGUGUUUCACACAGUUGAUGCGGCGCUGCUGCUCGUCCUUCUCGAGAUUGAUCAACAUUCACCCAAGGGGUUGGGCAAGGGGGGCGUUGUGAGAUCUGAGCUAUACGAGAUUGUAGAUAAGGGUGUCGACUGCUUUGACCGUGCAGUUGAUUUACUCGAAACAUACCAUCGACUCUUCGUGCUAAGUCGCCUGUACCAGAGCCGGAAACUGUCAGGAGAUGUUCUGGCCACUUGGAGGCGGAUAAUCGAAGGCGAGCAGGACGUAGGGCAGGAACUCCGAGAGGGAGAACAGCGAGUUCGUGAGUAUCUGACCAAGGUCAGCAGCCAGGCUCUUGUCCAAGAAUAUGGUGUGUGGCUUGCAAAUCGCAACCCAAAGCUUGGUGUCCAAGUUUUUACCGAAGACAAGGGACGCGCACCCAAAUUUGAGCCAGCGGAAGCCGUUGCAAUCUUACGAGAGGAGGCACCUGAUGCAGUUAAGUAUUACCUCGAACAUUUGGUUUUUGGCAAGGGUCAUACCACGUAUAUCAACGACCUGAUGGCGUACUACCUUGACGUGGUGGUUCAUGAUCUAGAAUCAUCUGAGGAGAGCCGAGCUUUGGUCAGAGCGACAUAUGAGGCAUACCGCGCUUUGGAGCCUCCUAAGCCUGCAUACAGUCACUUCCUUCGGGACAACGCCCCGGACGACAACGAGGUCUGGCACAGCCGUUUGAGGCUACUUCAACUCUUGAGCGAAGCAAAUGAUUAUGAUGCUGCAGCAAUAAGAGAUCGGGUUUCUGAACUGCCAGAUGAUCUUUUGGUGCCCGAGACCAUCAUACUUGCUGGCAGAGAAUGCAAACACGACGAUGCCCUCCGCCUUUUGGUCCACAACCUGGGCGACUAUGACACCGCAGUCUCAUACUGCCUUCGAGGCGGUGCGAGCACAACAGGCGCUGCUCCUUCCCAGAGACCAUCAUUUGAGGAACAGCGUGGCCUGUUCAACGUCGUCCUCCAUGAGUUGCUCGCUCUUGAAAACGUCAGCGAUCGUGUGGAGCAGACUGGAGCACUCCUGGAGCGGUUCGGCGGCUGGUUCGAGAUUGACGAUGUUCUUAGUCUCAUCCCUGAUGAUUGGUCUGUCGAUAUUAUCGCAGGCUUUUUAGUUGGAGCACUUAAGCGUCUCGUGGGAGAGCGGCACGAAGCGAUGCUGACCCGGGUCCUGAGCGGAGCGCAAAACUUGCGCGUAAGCUACGAUCGAGUUGCAAAGAUUGAUGAGAAAGGGCCGAGUAUUGAAGCUUCGAACUAA